GCCCGGGGCAUUUACCCAGAUGUCUGGCUUUCACAUAAAAGACAGGAACCACUGGAGUGAGUUUCUACUUCCACCCAAACAGCAGCAGCAAAACAACAAAGAAAGAAGAUGGCAAGACUAUUGAAACUUUUCUUCCCAGGUCUUGUGGCUGUGUGUGCCGUGCAUGGAAUAUUUAUGGACAGACUUGCUUCCAAGAAGCUCUGUGCAGAUGACGAGUGUGUCUAUACUAUUUCUCUGGCCAGAGCUCAAGAAGAUUACAAUGCCCCAGACUGUAGAUUUAUUAACGUUAAAAAAGGGCAGCAGAUCUAUGUUUACUCAAAGCUGGUAAAAGAAAAUCAAGCUGGAGAAUUUUGGUCUGGCAGUGUUUAUGGCGAUCGCCAUGAGGAUGAGAUGGGAACCGUGGGUUAUUUCCCCAGCAACUUGGUCGAGGAGCAACACGUGUACCAGGAAGCCACCAAGGAAGUCCCUACCACGGAUAUUGACUUCUUCUGCGAGUAAGAAAUUAGACAAAUCUGGAGACAGACAGAAAACACCAAAAAUAAAG